AUAUAUCCCAGAGAGCAUCGCAUCGACUGCACAUAUCUUCGUACGCUUCCUCCUCAAAUUCGCUUUUAAUUGUUUUCACUGAGUCAAUGGCGGGUCGUGGUAAAACUCUCGGAUCUGGUGUUGCCAAGAAGGCGACGUCGAGAAGCAGCAAGGCCGGUCUCCAGUUCCCCGUCGGUCGUAUCGCCCGGUUCCUGAAAAACGGCAAGUACGCCGAACGCGUCGGCGCCGGAGCUCCGGUUUACCUCGCCGCCGUUCUCGAGUACCUCGCCGCGGAGGUUCUCGAAUUGGCUGGAAACGCGGCGAGGGACAACAAGAAGACGAGAAUCGUGCCACGUCAUAUCCAGUUGGCGGUGAGGAACGACGAGGAGCUGAGCAAGUUGCUUGGGGAUGUGACGAUUGCUAACGGAGGUGUGAUGCCCAACAUUCACAACCUUCUUCUCCCUAAGAAGGCUGGUGGUGCUUCCAAGCCUUCCGGUGACGACGAGUAGAUUCGGUUUUUGUGUUUGUGGCUUAUGAAUGUGUAGCGUAGGUUUAGAUUAGGUCUUUUAUGUUCCCUUUAGACUACGGUGCGGUGUCCUUUUGUGUUAAAAUGAAAUCAUGUGAACUUAAUAUAUGAAAUGGUGUGAGGAAUUAAAGAAGCUAAAUUUCUCGAUUC